UCCGGCCGGUGGUACUGCACCGGCUUCCAGUAGACGUGUAACGGACGGUGACCCGCAGCCAUGGCCGAGAGGAAAAUUAACGGUGGUAGCGGCAGCGCUUCCACCUCCUUGUCGAGUACCAACUUACUCUUCUCCUCCUCGGCCACGGAGUUCAGCUUCAACGUGCCCUUCAUCCCAGUCACUCAAGCCGCCGCCGCCUCGGCCUCGCUGCUCUUGCCCGGAGAGGAUUCCACAGAUGUUGGUGAGGAGGACAGCUUCCUUGGUCAGACUAAUGUUCACACGUCCACCCCACAGACAUUUAGUUACUUCUCUCAGGUAUCAAGCAGUAGUGAUCCUUUUGGAAAUAUUGGACAGUCACCCUUAACAACUAUAGUAACAUCUGUCGGACAAUCAGCUUUCUCCAAGCCACCGACUACUCUCCCUUUUACAACUGAAUCCCAAGAUGGAUUGACUGCAUUUCCACCAUCUGUUUCAAAGGCUCAGUGUGGUGCUCCACCUUCUUCACAGAUGGGAAUAAAUCCUUAUCUGCCUUCUCAGCCAAGUGGUCUCCCUCCUUCAAAUUUUGGGAGCCCACCCCAAGGAACCCUCCAACAAGGAUAUAAUCCGUAUCGCCAUACCCCUGUCAGCAGCAGGGCUAAUCCUUACAUUGCACCCCCACAGCUGCAACAGUGCCAUAUGCCGGCCCAUUUCCCUCACCCUCCAACCUCUGGACCCCCAGUGCAGAUUUACCAGACGUCCCCAGCGUCCUUGCCACCGAUUUCUCCUUCAGUACAGUCACCAACACAACAGCAAGUACUUGCAAAACCUGCAGGCCCCUCUGUACAGGGGACGCCUCCUUUUGUACUUCAAAAUCAGUAUGAACCUAUCCAGCCCCAUUGGUUUUACUGCAAGGAGGUAGAAUACAGACAAAUAUGGAUGCCUUUCAGUGUGCUGGAUUCUUCACAUCUUGAAGAAGUGUAUAAUUCAGUCCAGCCAGACCCAGAGAGUGUGGUUCUAGGCACAGAUGGAGGACGAUACGAUGUUUACCUCUAUGACCGAGUGAGGAAAGCUGUGUACUGGGAAGAGGAGCCAGCUGAAGUGAGGCGCUGUACUUGGUUUUAUAAGGGAGACACAGACAGCAGAUUCAUUCCCUACACAGAGGACUUCAGUGAAAAACUAGAGGCUGAAUAUAAAAAAGCUGUAACCACAAAUCAGUGGCAUCGAAGAUUAGAAUUUCCAAGUGGAGAGACUAUUGUUAUGCACAAUCCAAAGGUCAUUGUUCAGUUCCAGCCUUCCUCAGUGCCCGAUGAGUGGGGGACCACACAAGAUGGACAGACAAGGCCCAGGGUUGUAAAGCGUGGGGUUGAUGACAGCCUUGAUGAAAUUCCCGACGGGGAAAUGCCUCAGGCUGACCAUCUGGUGUUCAUGGUACAUGGCAUUGGGCCUGUGUGUGACUUGCGGUUUAGAAGCAUUAUUGAAUGUGUGGAUGAUUUUAGGGUGGUUUCUCUCAAAUUGCUGCAAACACAUUUCAAGAAAUCAUUAGAUGAAGGGAAGAUAAGUAGAGUGGAGUUCCUUCCUGUUCACUGGCAUAGUGCCUUGGGUGGAGAUGCCACUGAUGUUGACAGGAAUAUUAAGAAAAUCACUUUGCCGAGUAUUGGUCGGUUUCGCCACUUUACCAAUGAAACUUUGCUAGAUAUUUUAUUUUAUAACAGCCCCACCUACUGUCAGACAAUAGUGGAGAAAGUCGGGCUAGAGAUAAACCGUCUGCAUGCACUGUUUUUGAGUCGGAACCCGAAUUUCAAGGGAAAGGUCUCUGUUGCUGGUCAUAGUUUAGGUUCUUUAAUACUGUUUGACAUCCUGUCUAAUCAGAAAGAUUUGAAUUUUUCUAAGUCUCCUGGACCUCUUGUUGCUAAUGGAGUAGUGAAGCAGACUCAGUUUCAGGAGAAGCAGGUGUCUGAGGAGUCAAAGCUGACUUUGGAUGAAUCAUGUGACCUUGAUGUUGAAAAUGAAGAAGUUUUAACUUUGCAAGCGACUCUGGAAGCACUUAGCCUCUCUGAAUAUGUUAGCACUUUUGAAAAGGAAAAGAUUGAUAUGGAAUCUCUGCUUAUGUGUACAGUUGAUGACUUGAAGGAAAUGGGGAUACCUCUUGGACCCAGAAAGAAGAUAGCCAACUUUGUAAAACUGAAAGCAGCUAAACUGGAACAGAAGAAAACAUCAGAAAAGAAGGCAGUUAUGGCAUCUACAAUGAAAGUACAAGAGAACAUUCCAAAAGCUAAAGAAAUACCCUCUCUUUCCUCAGAAACUAACGAGUCAAAGAGGAAACUUCCAGUUGGUGCUUACAUUUGUUCUUUACAUGUUGACUAUGAGUCUUUUGAAGUUGGCACAGGACAGGUUUCUGUUGUUCACAACUCAUUAGACUUUGAGCCAGAGAUUUUCUUUGCUUUGGGAUCUCCAAUUGGUGUGUUUCUCACUAUUCGAGGAGUUGAUAGGAUAGAUGAGAACUAUAGGUUCCCUACUUGUAAAGGAUUCUUCAAUAUAUAUCAUCCGCUUGACCCAGUGGCAUAUAGAUUAGAACCUAUGAUUGUUCCGGAUUUGGACCUAAAAGCAGUUCUUAUUCCACAUCACAAGGGUAGAAAAAGACUUCAUUUAGAGCUGAAGGAAAGUCUCUCCCGUAUGGGAUCUGAUUUGAAGCAGGGCUUUAUUAGCUCUCUGAAAAGUGCUUGGCAGACGCUGAAUGAGUUUGCCCGGGCUCAUACUUCUUCAACGCAGUUGCAAGAAGAAUUGGAGAAAGUUGCCAAUCAAAUCAAAGAGGAAGAAGAAAAGCAAGUAGUUGAAGCAGAAAAGAUUGUUGAAAGUCCAGAUUUUUCCAAGGAUGAGGACUUCUUAGGAAAGGUUGGGAUGUUAAAUGGAGGCCGCCGAAUUGAUUACGUUCUUCAAGAAAAGCCAAUAGAGAGUUUUAAUGAAUAUCUUUUCGCUCUUCAGAGUCAUUUAUGUUAUUGGGAAUCUGAAGAUACUGCCUUACUACUACUUAAAGAAAUUUAUCGAACAAUGAACAUUAGUCCAGAGCAACCCCAGCAUUGAUCAGACUUCUCUUGUACUUGGCUUCACAGAAAGUGCUGGUAUGAAUUACAUCAGUGGAAGAAUCCUCAGAGGAUGUUCCCAGUUUGCUCUUGUGGUGGAUGACAAGAAAGUAAUUCAUCAACAGUUGCCAGAUACAGGGAAUCAUUUAAAGGAAAAAACACAGCAAAAGACGAUUAAAAAAUCAGUACCAUGUUUGGACAGUGUCAAUGAGAAGAUACAAUUAUAAAAAUAAUGCUAUGAAAAUUCUUCAGAUUUGGUUUGGUUGUGUAGUUGUCAAAGUUAAGUUUGACCUCAAUGAAGAAAAUACCUGUAGCAUGCAACAGUUGCUUCUGUUUCUUAAGAACUCUUGUCAGUGGACUAUUCAACUUUUUUUUAAAUUAAUGCAGUGUGUUCUUAUUCCUGUAUAGAUUUCUAGAGAAGCUAUUAUAAUUUUUUGAAACUUGCAUUGUACUUUAAAUGUGAAUUAUAGUGCUGAGCUCCCUUGAUGUGGUCAUUUCUGUUUGUGAAGAGGAAGGAGCUAAGAUCACUUAAGUUCCAAGCUGCAUCUGAGGUUUUAUAAAGCCUUAGCACCGCUGCUGAGAGCCCAGAUGUGGAGGGAGGUGAUGUGCUCCUUCCUUUCCAGGAUCCCAUGAAGAGCUCUCCUAGCAUGUCCACCUCCACCAGGAGAAGGAGCACUUUAUAGGUUUUAUUUUGUUACCUAACGUGGUUGUGCAGUUGGCUUGUUGCUGAUGAUCCAGUUAAUGCGAGAACCAAAAUAGAGAUUUUGUUUUUGGUUUGCAUUAAUUUCAUUUAUACCAAAGUGCUUGAAAGUAGGAAGUGUACUUUUUCUAGACUAUAAAGCUCCUUCAUGAAAAGACUGCUCUGUAGUAUUUCACUUUGUUUUACUAUAAAUUCAAAUCUCAAUAUUUUCCUAAUACUACAUGGGAAUUCUGAUUUUCUUUUGUUACAUAGCAGAAACAUUUUACAUUGUUUAUAUAGUUCUCAUGAAACAUGGAAUUUUUUGAAAGCAACAUACUAUAUAUAUAUUCAUUUCUUGUGUAUAUAUUCUAGUUUGUGUGAAUAAAAUAGUAAAUCAAUGCAUUUGUGAAGUAACAAACUUCUGUAUUCCUCAUGUCUUCCUUGAAAGUAUUUCUGUGAAUUAAGUGUUCAUUCCCCUUUCAUUGUGAGUAGCUGCCUUGUAGUUCGCAUUUGCUACUAAUAGUAGCACAUGAAGAUUUUAGAGCCGCAGUUGAUCCCAGGUAACAUAUAUUUGAACCACCUCAUUUUGUGGCUAGGGACACAUUACCAAAGGCCUUUUCCAGACUGGUAAAUAGUAGAUUGGGCCUGGAAGAUGAUUUUCUUGACUCUUUUGGUCUUCAUUAUAGCAGAACAACUAUUUUUUACUUCAUUUCUCCCAUGCUAAUGAAAUGAUAAAAAAUGAUGGUUACUAUGUAUAUUUUAAUAAACUCUAGUUUGAUUUUUCAACUCACA